AUGGCUUUCCCCUCAUACUCCUCUGUCAGCCUGCCAGCAGCCAAAGCUGUUGCAGCCAAGAACCCUACGGAACGGGGGGGAGGACGAGAUGCGAAUGCUUCGGUCACUCCUGCUAUACAGACUGCCCUGAACCACACACGCAAAGCCGAAGGGAAGGUCAUUCGCCUUCGAGAUGCCCUUCUGCAAUCCGGCCUGAUGUGGCAGGAAUACGAGGCACAGAUGAAGGAAGCGUUCCGAAAAGAAAGGAUACGCUUUGCCAAAGACCGGGAGCGGCUGGAGAAGGAAAUUUUGGAGGCGGAAGAAGCCCAAGUUGUUGCACGUCAGGGAUUGCGGGACGCUUUCUUCGGUGCACAAAGAAGUGUGGAUGCUGCAGAUGUGCCCAUGCUGGAUGGGCCAGACGCGGAUCAGGUGUUCGAAGCUUGGGCCCGGGAGGACGAUGGUGCUGCAGACGGGAUACUGCGGCGGGCUCUGGCUCCCCCUGCAGUCACUCCCACCAGAGCUUCGGCAGCUGCACCACGGACGCCACGCGGAGGGCCCUCGCCUGCCUCGGCUGUCUCUACGAUGGCUGGCGCCCCCGCAGCGGUCAACGACCCAUACUAUACUUCUAUGUCGCCUGCUAUAACUCCGGCGGCCCUCCAGCAGUACCUUCAGCAGCAACUGUUACAUGGGCAGACGCCUGUUGCGCCUCCUGGGCUUGCACCAGUUCUCGAGGCCCCUGGCUUGGUUGCACCCAUGGCAGCAACUCUUCAUGGUGCACCUCCAAAUGUGCCAGAAACAGCUCCAUCAGCCGCAAAUCCGGAUGGAAGCUACGGCAAGAGCCCUACUCUACAGGAUCGUGUCCAGAGGCGAAGGGCUAUGGAACCGUUUGGUGGUGGUCGUGGUAUUGGCCCAACCGAGCCACCACCACAAGAGGUGAGGAGCCACCCGGGAAUGCGAUUCCUGGAGGACGACGACGAACUGGACCAGACGGGCGUAUGGGCAGCUCCCAAAGGUUUGUCCGAAGCCCUCUCCCUGGCCCAUGAUCUCGCUGAGGCCGCCAACGUACAUUCGCGUGACAAGGGAGAUCAAGAGGCCCCGGAUGGCAUGGAUCCUGCGCCAAAUUCAUGGAGGCGUAUGGUAGCUCAGGUGCAGGCUGAAUCCCUCAGAGAGGCGUAUGGAACCGAUGCUCCAGCACAAUUCCCUGGCCUAGCCUCUGACCUCCAGGAUACGGCCGUGCCUUCACCGAGGCUCCAGCAGGAACCUGCACCCCUGGAAGGUGAAGACUUCGCGGCGUCUCAACCUUCAAUACCGCCCAGGGAAGCACAUCCCGGGCUCCUCAGGGCACCCGACCUCGAUGCGGCCGAGUUCGAAACUGCAGGUCCUGGGAUUGCACUUGAUGUGCCAGUCCUUCUAGCAGCCGCGGGGUAUAGGCUAGUGAACUCAACAGCCGGCAUAUUUUUCCCCUCUCGGGUCGACAUCCUUGAUAGCCACAUUAGAGCGCGCUCAGCUGACCUGCUUGAGGAAUGUGGCGAGCAACUGACGCCGGUUUAUCCCCAGGUUGCCCCGGGCGUUGCGGCCUUUGUGGCUUCCCCCACAUGGCUGGCCGAGGCUAAUCUUGCAGUCGCCCUCCUUGAUGCUCGUGCAAUAAGAGGGCAUGUCUUUGCAGUGGUCCUUUCAUUUCCUACGACGGUGCAAGAGAUUAAUCGGGUUGCUGGAUUUUCAUCGGUUGCCGCUCAUGAUGUUUUUGCAGCCGGACAAAGCGACCCUCUUGCAGAGGACUGCGAAGUUUCAUUGCCUACGGGGACCCUCAUCAGAAUGCUGCCGAUAGGGUCACGGCCUCUAUGGGCUGCCCCUUUGGCUUUUGCGCUUUGGCACCCGCACUACUGGCCUAGCACAGUUGUGGUGCCGCGCACGCGGGACUCAGCCUGUGCGCUUGUUCUCCACAGCUCCGGUAAAUUCCACUAUGAUCGGUUCUGUGGUGACGCUUGGCUGAAUCAAAACGGAAUAGCAGCACUGAUAGGUGUACCGCUUGCCGAGAUUCGAAUGCAAGCGGCGGACCCUGAAGAAAUGCUUCCAUACGUCUACCGAGGCAGCCCGAUCAGGGGUGUCAUUGCGGUUACUGAGAGACGCCCCGAACGUGACGAGCAGGGGAGGGCUCUUCCGCAUAUUGUCUUCCUUGACUCCAGACCUUUGGGUUAUGACUUCAACUUCGUCACCUGUGAUCAACCUUUCCUGACGAUUGCGUGGCUACUGCAAUAUCUGCAACAGCCUCCUCCGCCCGGUUGGAAGCUUGUUGUCAAAGGGGGUCGACGUCAGGAUGGAAGGGUAGAUUUCCACCCAGGCGAAGUGCUGGUUCUUGCCUUUCAGCGCCUUGUCGAAAGGGAUGACGAGCACCCAGAAUCAGAGAGUGGCUUUUCGCCUGACCCUGAGCCAGAUGACGAUGAUGACUCGGGGGAGGCGUGCCAAGGCGAGGUCGCUAUGCCCGUAGAUUGCUCAGUUUGCGUCAGGACAGCUGACUGCUGGGAUCAUUCUGAGCCCCUUCCAUUCCUUUUUGAUCCUGCACUUUGGAUCAUGACGGAUGAAGGGGCCACGACCGAGGCCGUAAUCGUCGUCUCUCAAAAUGUUCCUGCCAAUCGUUCAUUGCGAAAUGGCCUGUUCUCCAUGGGUCGAUACGCCGCUGAGCUCCCCAGGAGACGCCCAGAAGGCUACCAGCUUGCCUUCACUGGAGAGGCCCCGUCUGUCUCGGGGUCUGACGUUGACACUAUGUAUUCCAGUGAUGCAAGCAGCUCCAGCUCCCAGAGCGACUCCACGUCGGACUCUGGCCCCCCUGCAGGGCCACCGCCCCCUAGGCUUCAGACCAUUAGCCAAAAGCUAGCUGAUGACCCUUCUUUUGGAUAUGGAUUGCACUGGAUGCUCGGGAACCUAUGUGCAGCUACCAGGCUACUGCAGAUUCCGCAAUUUGCUCUUCCCAGAGAUUUAGCGAGACUUCUGCAGGAUGAAGAAAGCGAGGAUGGCUUUGAUGACCUGGUGCCUCUAGAAGUCGCUAUCACAUUUGCGAUUUUGGCGCCUGAGUACGCGCCUGAGUUCGCCACGCUCGUGUUGCCCCUGCCCUGCACAUGGAGAGAGGCCGAACUUCUCCUCCCUGAUGCAAGGGCUACGGCACCAUGCCUGCGUUUCCCAUAUGUGCGACCACUGGCGCAACAGCCCAUCCCUGGGUUCGCAUUGCUGCUUGCUGCCCCGCGUUGGGACCCGGAAGCAACUGUGGUUUGUUUAAACUCUGUUGCAAUUGAUGGGCGCAUCUUUGCCACCUACGCCCCAUCAUACGUCGACCUUGAAGGGUUGCGUUGGCUCGCAGCACUGCCUACGGGGGUUGACUAUGACGUGUUUGUCGACGGGGAUGACCAACCUCUUGCACGAGGCCCAGAGAUCCAUCUCACACAAGGGAUGCAGAUCGUUUACGUCGAGGCAGGCCAGAUACCGACAGCUGGCAGAGCAUUGUUGAAUCAGCUCCUUUUGUCUCCGGCCUUUUGGGACGAUGUGAGACCGUUCCCGGCCCCCGCCCUCCCUGACUCCUACUGCAUUGCCACUGCCAAGCGGCACGUUCUCUGCUCAUGCGACUUUGGACGUCCAUGGCGAAUGAAGAGACACAUUGCCAGCACGAUCGGCCUGACCCACACCAAUUUUCAUGUUGCGCCAGCUAGGCCACCGAUCAGGGACAUCUCUGUCCAUGGUGUCAAAUGCAGGACUCUGCUCACUGCAUGCAGCUGCGAACGCUCAGAGACCGACUGUCGUGCUUUCUUCCUAGAUCUUCGCCCGAUUAGGGAGGGGAUCAAGCUAAGGCAGAGCUAUGGGUUCGCUCUUGACCUUGGCCUGUUGAUUGAGACCCUCUCAGCCGAAGCACCCCGGGGAUGGCGGGCCCAGGCUACUGAUGCCCCGACACCCUUUGGGGGCAGAGUCUUUCUUGGGCCGGGCACAGUCAUUACGGUUGAUUACGUUCCUGACAGGAGUCUGGUUGAAGCUGUCGCUCCGGACCAACAAUCAAGUGAUAACUCAGCUCCUUCGGAGAUUUUCAGCUCCGGUGCCAUGACUCUCGAAACCCAUGAUAGCUCGGUUGGCCAGGAAACCGAAGCAGGAUCAGUGCCUUUGAACACUGAAAGUAACUCUGACGAACUCGAUGCUGCUGUCAGCCCUGAUAUGAGAGCCAGAGCGUUUGUUAUUUUGGGCCAGGAUUAUGCUUCAGAGUUGAUCCAGAUCCCCCUGCCUGCUCCAACCAGUGUUCAUGACGCGCUGACCCGGGUAUCCGCAGCGCGUAAGCCACGUGACCGUUUCUGCCUGCCUUACCUGCUCCCGCUCAUUCCCCAGCCCUCUGGGAAUCACGCACUCAUUCUCGCUCUACCACCUUGGCCGGUAGACGGUGCAUACAUUGCAAUGGACCUUAGUGCCUGUGACGGGCGUUCCUUCGCCAUUCAGCUGGGAGGGCAAAUUGAUAGAGUCGGACUUCUUGUGGCAGCAGGGCUUCCCGCCAACACCAACAUCGAAAUAUAUAUCCGCGACAUGCCAUGGCCGUUACCAGCUGAUGUCUUUGUCGAGUUGGGGCACGGAGACCUUGUGCAAUUCGUGCCAGAGCAGCAAGCGGUCGCGGUGGCCACAUCACUAGCCGACAUGCUGGCCUCCCCUACCCACUGGCGGUUUGUUGCCCCUGUCCUGACCACCUUCCUUGGGGAUACCUGGGUUGUACACGAUGCUGGAGCCUUUCGUCACCAGGUCAGGCCAGAGCGACGCAACUACAGCCGACAAGACAUUGCAGCCAGGCUUGGCAUUCUUGCAUCUGAUCUCGUCAUCCAGCUCCCCAGACCCAGGAUUCAAGACUUUUGGCGACGAGGCCAACCCACAAUGAACGUGAUGUAUGCUGUCUGGGCGCCUGGGUGUGCAAAUGCCAGUGAUUUCAAUGAAGCGGUGUGCUUUGUUGACCUUCGGCCCGUCCUCUGUGGUCUCUACGUAGCCCGCUGCCCGGAUUACUGCUUUGAUGUACGAGAGCUGCUCGGUCGCUUUACCGGGCGAUGUCCACCUGGUUUGCAGGUGCAGGCAGAGAGACGAGGGGUCCUCCUUUCUCCCCGUGAGAGGGCGCUGCCUGUCAGCAAUGGGGACGUCAUUACCGUUUUCGUUCUCCCUGAAGCUCUGCUGCGUGAAUGGCGGCAUGAAGGGCCUGAUGAGUCGGGGGAUGAGAGGUCCUAUACCGCAGCACCAGCACCUGCUGCACCGAGCCAGGUCACAGAUGCCGAGACUGUUGCCAUACAGCUCCAUCAUGCCCAGGGUGAAAUUUGCGUCAAUUUCCCUGACGAUCGGCGGAAUUUCGGCCGAGGCUCGAGCUGUUCACUCGGCCCCACGCUGCUUGAGCAAUCUGUGGUGCAGUCCCAGGGACGAGUCUAUUGGGAAGCGUGCACCCUGUUGGAAGCCCUUCUCGAGCACUUCCAUUUCGGUGACAACGAUGCUAACGGGCCCCGAAAGGUGUGUCUUUGUGGCGCUGUGUGCGGCCCCAGCCCGAGUCACGACAUCCGUGAGGUCCUGGUUUUGGCGGAGGUUCACUGGCAACCCUUGAUUUUCCCAGCUCCCUCUUUGUAUGCGAGCCACCAGCGUGUCGGGCCAAUUACUUUAGGGGGUUUGACCAUGCCCUUCACCUUCAGUGACUUGCACAACUUGCUUGACAUGCCCUGUGCAUUGGUCCCGCCAGGUCCGGCCCUGCGAACAUUGCCUAAGCCUGACGCUGCCAAAGUUUUCCUGGGUUGCCCGGGCACCUUCAAUUUCAAUUGCACCGAAGCUGGUCUGUAUUGCUUUACAGACGGCUCGUACACAGCUCCGCGUGGUGUUGGUACUGCAAAGAUGGGCUGGGCUUGCAUUUUCGUCGAUCCUCUUGGCCAUCGAUUUGGUGUCCUUUCCGGAGGUCGACCUUCGUGGCUCCCGGAGGAAAGGGAGCCCUCAUCUGCCUUUGUCGGUGAAUGCCUAGCACUUGUCUCGGCACUCCGUGCUUGUGGCACGGUUUUAAGACACGUGCAUGUCGCCAUUUGUGUUGACUGCACUGCUGCAAUGGACAUCGCUGCAGGACGAGCUGCAGGACUAGGAGAUGGCAUUGCAAGCAUCCUCCGCAGUAUCAGCUCAUUUGCACGUGCCACUGCUGACCUUCGCCUGUCUUCCUGCAUGUCAGGGGGCAUCAGGGCUCCCUCUUCAAUGAAGUUGCGGAUGUUAUUGCCAAGGCUGCCGCGCGGGGACAACACCAUGGGGGAUGGCCAGUUUGCGAAGGGCUCUGCCGGACUCUCACCUCUGCAAUGCAUUGAGCCCUUCUUGCCCUUCCGCACGGAACCUGUGUGCACUUCAAGUGAAGCUGGCACUUUGCAGCUUACUCUGGCCACCUACAAUGUUUUGUCCCUGCGCGGCCCCUCUUUCUCUGACAACCGUAAUGCUGGGCUUGCAUUUGCGCCGGCUCGGCCUGCGAUCCUGGCUUCCGCCCUCCAUGUGGUGUUGAGGCGCAUUUUUGUGCUCUUUUCAGCUGCCAAAUUCCGUGUCCUGUUUGGUUCCUUGCACGCUCCGCAUCGUGGAGCAGAAGCGCCCGUUCUAGCGGCGUGGUGGGCAGAAACCAAACGACUUUUGGAAAAAUUUGCCUCCAAAGGUGUUAUUUAUCUCCUUGGAGACUUCAAUGCAGCCGUUGGUUCUCUAACGUCCCGCUCUGUUGGGGACUUUGAUGCAGAUGUGCAAGACGAUGCGGGAGACCACUUACACGACCUAUUGCAUCGCUUGUCCCUGUGGCUACCUUCGACUUUCCAAGGUGUUCACACCGGCCCGAGCGGAACCUACGUGCAGAAAAGAAACCAAGCUGAAAGUCGAAAUGACUUUGUUGCAAUUCCGGACUGCCUCGAUCAAUGUCACAUUUGUUCUUGGGUUGAGCCCCGUAUCCAUGCUGGACAGCCAGUGAUCGAUCACAUCGCUGCCCUCGUCAGUGUCCGUGCACGGGUUGUCUUGGGGGGCAGUGGCGCUCCACAGAAAAGGGCCAAAAUUGAUGCCAGCCUCUUUGGCACGCCGGACGGGCAAGCACAGGCAGCUGCAGUACUUGCGAGCAUGCCCGACAUCCCCUGGCAAGUGGGGCCGCACGCGCAUGCAGCCAUGCUCGUGUCCCACAUACAGCGUGGCUUUGAGCGUCCAGCAGCAGCUCCGUCUGCCCGCCCUCGCCACCCCUACCUUACCCAGGAUACGUGGGCCCGGCAAAGGCUUGUUUCGAGUCUGCGUAGGCAGCUUGCGAGGCUCCGGUCCGCAGUCAAAUUUCACGAGACCGCGGCAGCAUUUGCUUCCCUGCGGUGUGGGCAUGGAGGUCCCCUGCGCGGCAUGCGGCGUUCACAAUGGAUGCGAGAGGCCAAGAUGUCCUUCGAUCGUCUCGGGAGCAACUUGUCUGCUGCGUCCAAGGAACUGAGGACAGGCUGCAAAGCUGACAGAGCAGCCUACCUGAGCGGUCUUGCAGACUCCGUCGGGAGCGGAGGCCACCAGGCUCAUGAAGACCUAAGAAGACUUCUCUGCCGACGCAAGAAGCGACCCUAUGCUCCUGAUGUCUUGCCUCAACUCCUAGAUGAACAUGGCCACCUGUGUGAGGAUGGGGCUGCCACUAUAUCUAGGUGGCGUAGACAUUUCAGUGGACUCGAAGGCGGAGUCGACAUGAGCCCCGCCGCUAUCGCCGAACUUGUGCCUCCUGCGAUGCCAGUCGAUGUUGAUAUUCCGAUUGAGGAUUUCCCAGCCCCCUCUGACCUUCUCUGUGCUAUCUUGCACGCCAAAACCGGCAAAGCUUGUGGACCCGAUGGGAUCCCAGCCGAACUUGGGCGUGCGCAGCCAGUUGCCCUGCAGCAGGCCCUUCUCCCCCUGCUCCUUAAGAUCGGACUCUUGUGUAGGGAACCCUUGGGUCUAAAAUCUGGGAUUCUGACCUGGCUCUAUAAAGGCCGGGGGUCAAAGGUCGACUGUGGCUCGUACAGAGCAAUUAUGCUCCUCUCGGUUGUCGCGAAGACGUUCCAUCGCGCAUUUCGGCCAGCAAUUUACAGAUUUUUUGACCAGCACUCCUUGCCGAUUCAAUUGGGAGGUAAGAAAAAUGCGACGGUGCUGUACGGUUCCCACAUUAGCCGGGCCUACGGCAAAUGGUGCGCUGCCAAUGCAGUGUCAACCGUCAUCCUCUUCGCGGACGUCUCCGCCGCGUAUUAUAGUGCAGUCCGUGCACUCACAGUAAGACGCGGAGAGGAAGACGGCGCAGGCCCGCCGCAACACCAUGAUCCUGAGGUCCAGAGGCAGCUUGAGCAGCCCAGUGCACUCAGCCAAGGCUGUGCAUCACAAUGGCUCCAAGCGCUAACCCAUGACCUGAAUGACAGGACUUGGAUGACCCUCAGCUCCGAUGACACGCCAGUGCUAACGACACAAGGCUCAAGGCCCGGAUCGUCUUGGGCAGAUUUGUUCUUUGGGGUGACUAUCCCAGGCAUUUUGGCAGUUAGAGACCAGAUGAGACUUGAGUCACCCAAGAAGGCUGGACGAGUCGUUGUCACCUGGGAUGGUUGGAAGGGGUUUUUCGACCCAAAGCCCUCCGAGGCCCCAUUGCCGGCGUCAGCGACACUAGAAGAUGUCGUGUGGGCUGAUGAUCUGGCUUCUUAUCUUGGUGUCUCGUGCCCGGAUGACGCGGCCUCCCUGAUCGGGCACGAAGCCUCCUUCUUGAACGAUUCGUUCAAGAGUUAUGGGUACUCUUUGUCGUUUGGUGCUACGAAGACUGCAGCUGUGGUCCAGCUUAGAGGUCAAGGGGCCCGCAAUGCUAGGCGAAAGCUGUUCUCCAUGCCUAGGGGUGUACCUGUGCUUUCGGAAGCCGGCCCGGCCGAAUCCCUUCCUCUGGUGCCUGCGUACAAACACCUUGGUGUCCGGGUCACGGCUAACAACAGCUUGUUACCGGAGAUCAAGCAGAGGGUUGCUGCGGCUUGGGUUUCUUUUCGUCAGGGAAAGACCAAAGUCUUCCGUUCGAAGAGACUUAGCCUUGAAAGGAAAGGUGCCAUUCUUGCAUCUCAUGUGUUGUCCAAGCUGACUUUCGGCUCUGGUGCUUGGGGACCUCUACGUCAGGGUGAAAUGACGUUGUUUGCACGCACUGUCAUCUCGAUGUACCGGCAGUGCCUUGGGAUCGCGUAUGCCGAUGACCAGCAUGUCACGACGGCCACCAUCUGUGCUUUGGUGCGGCAGGCGGACCCAGUGACCCUACUUUGGUCUGAGCGUCUCCGCUAUGCCCGACAACUGGUCUCCAAUGGACCUGACGUCUUGUGGGCCCUGCUCAAAAGUGAUUCUGAGUUCAUGGCUGGCAUGCGGGAAGCCUUCAACUGGCUUUAUGCUCGGGUUCGGGCAACGGUUCAGCUGCCAGACCCAGCUGCUGACUGGGGGCCUUGGGCACACGUGAUGGUUUCGAGACCUGGGAGAUUUCGUGGCCUUGUCAAGCGUGCCAAGGCGUUGGAAACUGUCAGGGUGGCAUGUUACGCAACACUACAGGCCCUAUUGCGGUCUCUGGCGCAGCGUGGAGGUGUUGCCCUUACCCAGACCCGUGCCGACCCUGAGCGCCCUGAGCAAUACCAUGAAGCGUGCUUGCUCUGCCGUGUCGCCUUCCCAUCCCUUGCCGCGUGGGCCGUGCAUGCGGCCAAGAAGCAUGGGUAUCGCGCACCGGCGACGCUACUCUCUCAAGAACAGGAGAAGCCCUUGUGCCUUGGAUGCGGGCGUUUGUAUGCCAACCGUCAUCGACUACGUCGACACCUGCUCCACUCCAAAUCGUGUCGCAUAGGAUGGGGGAGCUUUCAUCCUUCUGGUGAAGUUGAAAGCGAACCCCAUCUGCAGACGCCUCCGGUCCAGGUUGCUGGCUUCGAGUGCCCUGAGGUCAGACCGGACUCCGUGAAAACGCAUCCCGGUGUCGUUGAGGCUUUGUUGGCACUUUCACCCCCUGAGGCUGACAGCGUAUGGCAUACGCUCUUGGAUUUUGCGGAGCCAUUGGCCGUUCUGCAGCAGUCUUUGCGUGACUGGGCCAAUCACCCUGAUGCACACCCCUCUGCACGUGGUCUUGCAGAUGAUGCCUGCCUCCUCCUAGAUCCUGAUCUGUGGUGUGAUGAUUUUCGCAAGGGGAGGCGAGGUCCACAAGGCUUCACGGCUUGCACUGAUUUGCAAUGCCCGCCGGACUGCAGGCUCAGUUUUGUCCUCACAGGAGUGCCGGCUGUGUUUAAGGUUGAUGACCCUCCUCUUCCGGAGUUUGUGUAUCCCUUUCGACACAGCGUUCCACUUGCUACAGCUCGCCGUCAUUUGGAAUGGCUCGAGCAGGCUUGUGACACCUUCGGUGCUUUCCUUGCAUCAUCCCAGCUUUCGCCUGUGUUCCUUCAAGCCUCCUCCAGGGUGCUUUCUUGUAUGGAACCGGUCACAGGUUGGGCGGUGGCGGCUGGACUUGCCCCUCGGCCAGGCGGUCUUGGCUCUCCCACCUAA